AAUUAAUAAAUAAACCUCUAGAGUUGUUGCAAAGCAAGACCUUGCUAGACACGAGUUAACAAACUAACUCAUCUUCAUCUAUAUCACCACCUUCGUGUAGUUAGUUCAUCUCAAACUCUCACUCUCUCUCUCUCUCUCUCUCUUUCUAUUCCCUGUUCACAGAACAGAGCAUUGCUUGCUAAUUACACAAUGGAAGUGAAAGUAACAAGCUCCACCAUCCUCACAAGUCCCAUCUCUCAGCCUUCCGAGAUCCCCCUCACCAUCUUCGACCGUUUCGCAACCAACAAACACAUCGCCGUCCUCUAUGCCUUCACUCCACCCACCUCCACCAACGCUGAAAUCAUCUCUGGCCUGUCCAAUACCUUUGUCCACUUCUCAAAUCUCACUGGUAACCUCACCACCAACUCCUACGGUCGCCCUUCGCUCACUGUCGGAGGCCCUGAUGGAGGUGCACUCGUCGUUGAAGCCACAGUCUCAUCCAAACUAGAAGAUCACCUGCCUUUCACUCCCUCACCGGACUUCAGACUCCUCCAUCCUAAAAUCAAUGAUGCAAAGCACUUGCUCCAAGUUCAGCUCAACCGGCUCCAGUGUGGCGGGCUGGUCAUUGGAGUCACCGCCCACCACCGUGUUGCUGAUGGCCAGUCCAUGAGUACUUUCUUUGUAGCAUGGGGGCAGAUGGUGUGUGGUGUCCCCAUUGAUCCACAUCCAGUCUAUGAUCAGUCAUGGCUCAGCCCUCGGGAUCCUCCUCUGGUGCAGUUCGAUCACUGGGGGACCGAUUUCAUCCCUCUUUCUCCUCGACCAAAUCAGUUUUGUGUCACUCCCGUUUAUGCUGAUCCUCGUGAGAUCACCAACAUGUUGUUGCACUUCUCAACAGAGUUCAUCAUAAAGCUCAAAGCUCAGACCAGUGCAUCAAGCACUGUAAAAUACACCACCUUUCAGACUCUCUUAGGUCAUCUAUGGAGGAUGGUGACGAUAGCUCGGCAGUUGGAUGAUGAGGAGUGUACGAUGGCUAGAGUGUCAGUGAAUGGCAGGCCUCGUUUACAGCCUCCGGUGCCGCCGGAGUUUUUCGGUAACUUGGUUCUGAAUGCAUAUCCAAAAGCAAAAGCAAGAGAAUUGAUAGAAGGUGGGGUGGUGAUGGCGGCGGGGAUAGUUCGAGAAGCAGUGAGAGAUGUUGGAGAGGAUUACUUCCAAUCAUUUAUUGACCUUGGUGAGGUUUAUGGAGAUAGAGAUCUUGUGCCUUGUUAUGAUGUGGAUGGUAAUGUGAUUUCACCAAAACUGGAGAUUGAUAGCUGGCUAGGGUUUAAGUUUGAUAAGGUUGAUUUUGGUGGUGGUGGGGCUUUGUGUGCUUUCUUGCCUACAUGGAUUCCUUUAGAAGGGUUGUUAAUCUUCAUCCCUGCGUUGCCUCCGGAUGGUGGCGUGAAUGUUUUUGUUUCUCUGCUUGAAAAGCAUGCAGAGAGAUUUAGGGAGAUAUCUCACUCUUUGGAUUAAGGUUAGGGUUUAUCUGGUUAAUUAAUUAGUUUUGAUGGUUAUAUGAUGGUUAAAUAAAGUCUUGUUGCAUGGUGAUCAUAAUGCAUGCUGGAUGUAUUAGUCAUCGUACGUUUUACAUUUUCAAUAAGUAAAUAUUGGAGGUGUCUAGUAAAUUGCUAGUUAAUUUGCAGACUCAUUCUAAUAUUUUGAGUUUAUUAUAUUGUAUCAUUUUCUUUCCUACCUUGGUUAGGAUGUGAUGUAAUAAAUUACCUUUGGAUAUAAUGAAGAAAAUUAAAUACUAAA